GGCCGGCCGGGCGCGGCGCGGCUCGGCACGGCGCAGUUCAGCUCAGCGGGGCUCGGCUCAGCCCGGCAGCAUGUCGGGGCCGAGCGCCGUGUCAGACCCUCAGCACCCGGCGCGGCUGCUGCGGGCCCUCAGCUCCUUCCGCGAGGAGAGUCGCUUCUGCGAUGCGCACCUGGUGCUGGAGGGGGAGGAGAUCCCGGUGCAGAAGAACAUCCUGGCGGCCGCCAGCCCCUACAUCAGAACAAAAUUGAAUUAUAAUCCUCCAAAGGAUGAUGGCUCAACAUACAAGAUCGAACUGGAAGGGAUAUCUGUUGAUAUCAUGAAAGAAAUACUAGAUUACAUCUUCAGCGGGCAGAUCAGGCUAAAUGAAGAAACUAUCCAAGAUGUGGUACAGGCAGCUGAUCUCCUGCUGCUUACAGACUUAAAAACUCUCUGCUGUGAGUUUUUAGAAGGUUGCAUAGCUGCUGAGAACUGUAUUGGUAUUCGGGACUUUGCACUGCACUAUUGUUUGCAUCAUGUUCACUACCUUGCCUCAGAGUAUCUGGAAACUCACUUUCGAGAUGUCAGCAGCACAGAGGAAUUCUUGGAACUGACUCCUCAAAAACUGAAAGAAGUGCUCUCCAUGGAAAAGCUCAAUGUUGGAAAUGAAAGAUACGUCUUUGAAGCGGUGAUUAGGUGGAUUUCUCAUGAUUCAGAAUCAAGAAAGGUUCACAUGAAGGAUGUCAUGUCAGCAGUGUGGGUUUCGGGCUUGGAUGCCGGGUAUUUACGUGAGCAGAUGAUGAGCGAACCACUGGUACGGGAGAUUGUCAAGGAAUGCAACAAUAUUCCCCUCACACCACCCCAGCAGGGAGAGGCAAUGCUGGCCUCCUUCAAGCCCCGGGGCUACUCCGAGUGUAUAGUCACUGUUGGUGGAGAAGAACGAGUAUCACGGAAACCAACCUCAGUGAUGCGGUGUAUGUGUCCUCUUUAUGAUCCCAAUAGACAGCUCUGGAUUGAACUUGCUCCUAUGAGUAUUCCAAGGAUCAAUCAUGGAGUAUUGUCAGCAGAGGGAUUUUUAUUUGUGCUUGGUGGUCAGGAUGAAAACAAGGGCACACUAAGCUCUGGAGAGAAAUACGAUCCAGACACGAAUUCCUGGAGUUCCUUACCACCAAUGAAUGAGGCACGACAUAAUUUUGGUGUGGUAGAGAUUGAUGGAAUUCUAUACAUUCUGGGAGGUGAGGAUGGUGAAAGGGAGCUAAUCUCUAUGGAGAGCUAUGAUAUUUAUAGCCGGACCUGGACCAAGCAGCCAGACUUGACCAUGGUUAGAAAGAUUGGCUGCUAUGCAGCUAUGAAGAAGAAAAUCUAUGCAAUGGGUGGAGGCUCCUAUGGCAAACUGUUUGAAUCUGUUGAGUGUUACGAUCCCAGGACUCAGCAGUGGACAGCAAUCUGUCCUCUGAAAGAGAGAAGAUUUGGGGCAGUGGCCUGUGGAGUUGCCUCUGAGCUUUAUGUAUUUGGCGGGGUCAGGAGUCGUGAUGACAGCCAAGCCAGUGAGAUGGUGACGUGCAAAUCUGAAUUUUAUCACGAUGAGUUUAAAAGGUGGAUUUAUCUGAAUGACCAGAACCUAUGUAUCCCAACUAGUUCCUCCUUUGUGUAUGGAGCUGUUCCUAUUGGAGCCAGCAUAUAUGUGAUUGGAGAUCUUGAUACAGGUACCAAUUACGACUACGUUAGAGAAUUUAAGAGGAGCACGGGGACGUGGCAGCGCACGAAGCCGCUCUUCCCGUCGGACCUGCGGCGCACGGGCUGCGCGGCGCUGCGCAUCGCCAACUGCAAACUGUUCCGCCUGCAGCUGCAGCAAGGACUGUUCCGCAUCCGCGUCCCUUCCCCGUGACCCCCAGCUGCCCCCGGAGGAGACUGGAAGAGUUCUGCACAGUCCACCAUAAUAUAGCUCUAUAUAAAGGAAAAGCUGAGAAACUACAGCUGAAACUUACACUGUAUGCUGUGCUUUGGUAUGGUAACUGUUUUUGUUUUAAAUGCUUAAAAAGCUUGAGUCUCAGUUCUUGUUUUGGGAUCAAAUAACUUAAGUAUACAUUGGGGGGAAGAUAAAAAGGGAGAGCAAGGAAGCACCUUCAGUCGUAACCAUUUGGAGUUGAAGGAGGGGUUGUGUCUGGAACUGGUGGGAAAGAGAAUUCCUUUGUUGAAGUUCAUUGAAAAAAAACAACCAAAAACCAUUUAAGAUGCAUUUCCCCUGAGGGGAACUGAUAAAGAUAAAUGUGCUAUCUUGGACUGGAUAGCUCUAACACACGGAAGCUAUAUCAUAACCAACCUCCCUGGGAUACCGCAAGGACUGGCGUUUGACCAUCACGCCGUAGGAGACGUUGGUUGUUGCACCUUUGACUUCUAAUCCUUCCUCAAAAGUUAAGGUCUGUGCCUAAAAAUGGUGGAGGUGUGUACAUACGGUUUUUCAUUCAUUUGCAAUGUUUUCAUUCCUACAAAUAUUUUUAAUAUAUUUAAAAUGGACUAAUCUGCAAUGGAUCCAGUAUAUACUACACAGUAGUCAACUGUUUUUUCUACGCUGUCGUUUGAAUAGCCUGAGGAGCUGGUGUACAGGUGGGUGCGUGGGGGUCUGCGUGGGCUUUGGUGGCUGUCUCCUUGAAGCAGAAAGGGAAACGCUGUUUGGAAGGGUUAUUGAUGAUUUGCUGCUCUUGGGAAGAGACAACAAAGCCCAACAAACUAAAGAAAAUAGGUUGUGUUCUUUUUUACUUCCGAUCGCUCGCGAACUAAGAACGGUUUUUAAAGCUGAGGUUUAUGGAAAGGUGUGUUUUAUCUGUGUUAGAACAAAGGUGUGAAAUAUAACAAGGAUAUAUUUGUUUUGCAGAAAACAUGAUUUUUUUGACUAAGAGUUAAGGAGAACUUGUGCAAUGACUUUAAAUUGGGAUCAAAAGUUGGUUUACUAAUGAUUUCCGUGCUAAGGUUACAGUCUUGUUUACUGCUGUCUGACUUUGAAAGCUGGGUUUUAUGGUGUGGUUAUAGUGAAGAAUUUAGUAUCUUGCCUUUUAUUUCUUACUAAGUCUUGUUCACAUCAGUAGAGAUAUUUAAUUGACUUCUGUUCAUAGUCAAGAUCAGCUGGUAGAACACUUUUACCUCAAUUUUUUAUUUCAUUGUUGUGAUGGGUGGGACAUCACCUGUAUUUAUUUAAAAGGAACAAAGUGAGAGAGAUGGAAAUAGAAAUAAGACCUCCUGCCCUUCAGAGAAAGAGACUUUGUAUAACCAGUAUUAUAACUACAUCCAAUACUUUCCAACUGAGUGGACCUCAGACAAGCCGAUCUCUGUGUUAGCAUAAACCUCUGUCAUCUUGAUUGAGUCAGCUUAGAUAUGCUGAAAUACAAUCUCAAACCAGUACAAAAUAGUUCUAUUUCACUAAAUAUUCCUUGAAGAGACAUUCUGAAACUUACUUCUGCUCAAUCCUUCCAUAGCACUGAUCUGUGGUUGGAACGACUCUGAUUCUGAGCGAGGGGCUGGGGAAAGGAACAGAGAGAGCAGCAGCCAAUCCAUUGACCACUAUUUAUUUAUUUUUUACAAUGCUGAAGUGCUGCAAAACUUGAACUAUAUCCAUCAAUUUUUUUGACCUAUAUGAGUUGGCAUAUUAAAAAGUUUAUAUAUUUAUGCAUUGCAGUAAACUUGAUGUGUGUGUGUGUAUAUAUAUAUAUGUGUGUCUUCAGAUUUUAAAUUUAUAUAUAAUGCUUUACUACAGAAAUGUGAACCACUGUUUCCAUCCUUGGCUGGCUUGUGAAAUAAAUCAAGUGCUGUUAGUUUAUCUGUAAAACUUCCCUUUUUUUGAAAAUCUUAAAUUGUUCAAAUUCUUUCCUUAGACAAAGUGCCAAGGUCCCAUAUUCAAAAGUGAUGGAUGUUCUUAAGUGUCUGUUUCACUUUUGAGCUUCAUUUUCUAAGUGGCUUAGAAAACCUUAGAAAAUGUUAUCCAGAAUAUUACAGGCUGCUAUUUCAGUCCCUGUAGCGUCCCAGGACACUUGAGGGCAUUCUGCUGCCAAAAAUCCUAAGUAAUAAAUGCACAUAAUAAAUCCAAGUCAUAUAUAUUCUAGCAGUGUUUUGCAGUUAAAGUUAUUGAACCAAAUGUUUACACUUAAAGUAGGGUUAAUGUAGGUAUUCUUACUUUCUAAAAAAUCCCAACAUCAAUAAGCAAACAGAUGUGCUGGUAAUUGGAGUGUGUUGGGAUUGCACUCGAGAGUUGACCAAGAAGUUUAAGCCAAUUUACCUGAAACACUUUCAAACUUAAUUUCUUAACACAUGUGUGCUCCUGUCCCCUUCUGUGUGGUUGGUGGCCAGGGACCCAGCCUCCAGAGACAUCCUCUCCUGGAGUUUUGGAUGCAAGCUUAAGCAGAAGAUUUUAGCACUUGGGAUCUCCAAACUAGCAUCCUUGGCUCUGCUUCAAGGGAAUGGGGUUCAUUGCCCAUCAGCCUUGUCUGUGGGACCGGUGCAGGAGAUGUGCUGGCCUGUGUCUGUAGAAGGAAAGAGAUGCAUCUUUUGGGGCCUGACUUGUGUUUGUCCAGUUUUGCUAUGCAGGCCCAGCAAAGGGUACAGUUCUGGGGAUGUCACCAACCUGCUGUGAUUGCCUCCCAGCUUGGCACAAGGUGCUGGAGCCAAAGCUCCCCAUUCUCCGGGCAGAGACUGAUUGUAGAGACAGUGGGGUGUGAGGGAGGGGUAGCAGUUGACCUCUGGCUUUUCUUAGGACAGAGGUGUUUGACUUCAGUAGAGGAGGAGGCUUUGGUACCAGAGGUGCUGAGUGGAGGGUGGUCACUGGUUUGCUGAGCGUGUGGGCAGCUGCAGAUGGAACUGGGUGCACUGGUCAAUGCUGCUGCCCCAGCUGUGUGUCUGUCUUUUUUGGUGGCUCCUACCCCUGUGUGGGAUGGCAGAGCCACAGAAACAGCUCCAAAAUUUGCUCCACUUGCAGUCCAGGGGUUAGAGGUUGAUUGGCAGUUUAGAAACUUGUUAAAGUUGUCCUCCUUUGGCACAGGAGCCUUAAAUUCCUCCCAGCUCGUGGGUCAGCGUUCAAAUUUGACCAGUUCCUCUGCAGGUGGCUUUUGGAGUGAGUUUCUUAGCCAGCUGUCUCUGCAGUCUGCUGGCUUCCGAGCAUCAGGUUUUUGGGCACCUUCCUUAGCAAUUUCCCAAACUGAGUGCCUCACUGGGGUUGUGAGUUCAUCACAGCAUUGAAAUGGUGAUGUUUUGUGACCAGCCUGUAUCACUGAGGAGUGCUGCUGACGUGGUGCCCACCACACCCCAGGUCGGGGCUGGGUGCAGGCCUCGAGUGGCUGCAUCCUGAGUCAAGCUCAGCACAAUCCCAGCUGAGACCUGUCUGGGUCAUGUUGCAGGCUCGAGUGACUUGGGUUGGGCCUCUGCAUCCUUCUCUUCCCCUUGCAGUGGAAUUAGACAAACCCCAGCUGUUGGGAUCAGAACAUCACAAGUACAGAGUAGGAGUUGUGGAAGAUGGGAAUAGCAGUGGCUUUUCUCUCCCCUUACUUACCUCUUAUUUCCCCUCCUUUUUUCCAAGUGCUACAGGUUAUUUUUUGGGAAAAACUCUGGAAUUGCUGAUUUAAGGGUAAAAUCAAAAGUUUGGGUGUGUAAGUGGUGGGGGUGGGAAGAGAAUAACACAACAGUGUCCUCUGUGCUUAUUUUAUGCAUGUAAUCAUGUAGCUGCUCCCCACAGCAGAAGGACUGAUUGCAAAAGCAAAUGUGUGGAGAGGUGUUGUUCUCAUAAAAGAAAUCUCUUGGGUUUUUUAGGGAGGCCCACACCUGGUCUCUGUUCUGUACCUGGCCUUGUGAGAUGUUUGUGUUUCUAAAGAGUUAAUGUUGCACUUAAAAUUCUUAUCCUUUCUGGUGCUUGUAUAAAAAAAAAGGCAUCCUGAAGAGUUUUCUGUUUUGUUGUACCACAGCAAGGUCUGCCUGCCCUCAGAUACUCUAUCAGCUAUUCCUUAAGUUUUAAUUGUUGUGAAAAAGCUGUAUUGACUCAGCUGUUCCUGGUCAAGUGACUUGGUGGAGCUUUGAGGGUAUUUCAUCUUUAUAGAGAAGGUAAAUUAAGGAGAGAUUACCCAAAAGGGUAACAGUGAAUCUGAAAACAGGCAAAGUUACAAAACGAGCUCACUGGUAACUGUGGGCAGGCUGUGUGUGCCUUUGGCUGCACAAACCUUGCACAUCACACACCUGCCUUCUGGAGCAGAGUUCUUGCUGAAAGCAGGUUUUUCAUCAAAGCAGCUGAAGCGACUGCCUUGUUCCAGAGACUCCCAGAAAACACCAGUCAGCUGAAUUUCUUUUUCUGCAAUAUUUCUUGCACCUGCAUGACUUGAUAAAUGCACAAGUGCAAAAGUGAGAGGUUCAGGGAGCAUUUUUCCCUAACUGAGCUGCUGGUUCCAUAGACACUGUGGCCAUCCAGCCUGCGUGGAUUUUGGUACCAUGCAUUUGCCCUGCAAAUGCCCUGGAUGCAAUAACAAAUGCAACUUUUUUAAGUGCCAAACUUUUUGGUUCCUCUCUAUGUAACAAUAAUUCAGCUGUUCUAUUAAAAUACAGAGAUGCUUAAAAUUCACUAUGUUCAAAAAAAGACCAGUGGUUCUUUUUUUAAUUAAUGCUGUUGAAAGCACUGUAAAUCUUUUUAGUACUGUUCUGCAGGUUUGUGUUUCUCUCCACAGCUGCCUUGAGACAUCACGUGGUGCACAUGGACACUUUACUCUUUAUUAGUGCCAUGCAAGUACACAAUAAAAGGCAACUGACAGCAGGUUUUAGUAUUUUAAGUUAUAAAUAUUCAGGUGAAGUGUAAUUUGUUUGAAUGGAUCUCAUCUGCAGAAGGAAAGCUAUGUGUCUGGAAGUGUGACUACAGGCAGGGCCACAGGCAGGCUAAAGGCUGUAACUAAGGUGUGUUUUGGUGCUGCACACAGUGAUGCUUUCUGAGGAGUUAGGUUUAGUUUGGGGUGUGGAUCCUUUCUACUUCUGAUGUUAGCAUCAAGGUUUGGGGGUUUGUGUUCUCUUAACUCUUUGGAGUACUUAAAAUUCUUCUUCUGGUGGGUGACAGGGGUGUUAAUUAUAUACAUGUUUGGUUUGCAGCUAGAAGCUACUAUUUCCAUCUUACCUUGGAGUAUUUCCUUUUGCUGUUAAGGAAGGAAUACAGGCUGUGUUUCAGUCGUCAGUGCUGUAGCCUUUUGACAUUUGCCAUUUUCUGUUGCUCUUCCUUGUUUAUUCUUGGAGCCGAGGGCUGUGUCAGGGGCUGUGUUUCCGUGCACACUGCUCGGGAGACAAAAGUAAGGAGAUGCUGUCAGAUCACUUAAAUUUAGGCAGAUGAGCCUGUAAAAGCCAAGGUGGCUGUCAAACCAGGAGGAUUUGGGUGAAGCACAGAAUCUUAAGGGUUGGAAAGGACCUUGAGAGCUCAUCCAGUCUAAACCCUCUGCCAGAGCAGGACGACCUAGAGUAGGUCACACAGGAACUUGUUUAGGUGGGUUUGAAUGUCUCCAGAGAAGGAGACUCCACAACCCAUCUGGGCAGCCCCUGCCAGUGCUCCCUCAACCUCACACUGAAGAAGUUUUUCCUUAUGUUUCUUUGGAACCUCUUAUGUUACAACUUGUACCUGCUGCCCCUUGUCCAAUCAUUGGCCAUCACUGAGAACAGCCUGGCUCCAGCCUCCUGACACCCACUCUUUAUGUAUUUGUAAACAUGAAUGACAUCACCCCUCAAUCUCCUCUUCUCCAAGCUGAAGAGCCCCAGAUCCCUCAGCCUCUCAUCAAAAGGGAGAUGCUCCACUCCAUUAUCUUUGUGGCCCUGCACUAAGCUCUCUCCAGCAGCUCCCUGUCCUUCUGGAACUGAGGGGCCCAGAACUGGACAAAAUAUUCCAGAUGCAGUCUCAGGAGGGCAGAGCAGAGGGAGUGGAGAGCCUCUCUCCACCUUCUGCCCACAGUCCCUCUGAUACACCCCAGGAUGCCAUUGACCAUCCAUUUGCUCUCAGGUUUGUUGAGAGAUUGGGCACCUGCUCUCCAGCAGCCUGGUGGGUUUUUUCCUGGGAAAUUCCUUACUGUGGGAAGGAUGGCAGCCAGGCUUUAAGGUGACAUCUCUGAUCAGCUCUGCCUUGUGUGACUGUAAUCUGACAGCUCUUGUGCUCCAAUAACUUGGUAAUCAAAAAUUUGAGAGAACUGAUAAGCUAAAGCUAAGACUAAAACCAUGAGAAGUGCCUAACUAGGUAAACACCUGCUAAAAGGGUUAAGGAUAAUAGGAGAAUUGAACUGUAAACUGCUACCAAUGAGUGACUAUGUUGUAAACUUGUUGGUGACACAAUAUCUUAAGGAUAUUUUAAACCCCCUCAUAUUCUAGGUAGCUGCUUCUCAGUUAUAAAAACAAUUCAGAUACAUCAAGGAUUUGGUUGGGAUAAUACUUGGUUGGAAAUCAUCCAUUGAAAUGUCUUGAAGGGAGAUGGAGGAUUGGAACUGUUUAAUGUAAAAAGCUAAAUCAUCUUGCCCAGUAUUUUUGCAGGAUUUCUGGUGAACAAUGAGCACCUGCCAGAACACAUCAGUAAAAGAACAUGCUCAAUGUCAUUGCCUACCUGUGCCCUUGAAUGUUCAUAAUGAAAUGGGAAUACACUGAGCCCUGAUAAAAGCUGUUGGGUUUGAUUACAAUAACAGGAUAGGAAAUGUAAGUAACAUCAUUUUAUUGAUCAAACAUGAACAUGUGAUUAUUGUUUUUAAAUAAUAGGUGGUGUUGAAUCACCACCUACUGACUUGGAUUUUUUUUCCCCAUUGCCUUUCCUUCUUCCAUUCUUUCCAGCUACUGUUUCUGUCAAGGGCAGGUUUCUUUCAGCUGUAGUUCUAAACCCAGUCAGAGCCUGAGAGAUGCCACGUGAGCAGGCUGUACAGUGGGCUGCUUUUACAGGUGGUAUUCCUGGGUGUUCUGGUAGUGUUCUGCCACCUCUACUCAUUUUGCAAUAUAACUCUGUGGAACUAUACAGCACCUAAUGAAGCGAGAGCCACUUGGGAAGGGCUGCCUUCUCGUAAGCCAUAGGCAGCAUGCUGCAAAAACCUUCUCCCUGGCUGGUCUUGAGAUUCUCACCUUAAUGAUCACACAUGCUGAAGCUUUGACUGGGUGGCAUCUGUUAUAUUCAUUCACACAGGACAGCAGGAAAACAUUCUCAUCCUUGUUGCUUGUUUCAGUAUUUUUAGAUCUUAAAAAGCAAAGGCUGUGUAAUUGUUAGAAUAAAUAAGCCAGUACACAGGGGUAUCUGGCAAGGUGGGCAGAUUGAACAGACCUGGCAUUCUUUAAUGCUUUUGUUAAAGUUUCUUUCUAAAGGGAAGCCAGGGAGUACAUUCUUAAGAAAUAACUUCUUAAGAUUAGUCUUAAACCAGUCCAAAGGACUCUUCUGGAUUGCUUAGAGAAACUGGGAUCUGUUCUAGCUUUUGUUUGCUUAGGGAAACAGCUGCUGAGUCAAUUUUAAGCUCUUUUUUGUUCUCCAAAACCUAAUGAUUUGCUUCUUGUAAUUGAAACUUUUUUGUGUUCAAGGGUCUGAGCCUGUAUGUUGAAAGAUCUGGUGAGUAUUCUAUCGGAUCUUAGUUCAGUUGCUGUAAAUGGGACGCUGUGGACUCCCAGAAGGUAGAGUGGCAGUGUUACGGAGGGAGGAGAAGUAGCAGUACCAUGAGAUCCUCCUUAGAUUGCCCAGGGCCUUGCUGUGUGUAUCUGAUGGGGCAGGAGGCUGUUCUGGGCACAGAGCUGUGUAAGUGCCAGCCCUUGCUGCCCUGGGUGUUGGGGAGCCCAGCUGCAGACCUGCCAAGUGCUGCAGAGGGCUCGUGGCUGCCUGAGGACCGACCCACAAAGCCAAACCAACAGAUGCAGAUCCCUGCAGAAUGCUGCUUUCUGCUCUCAGUGGUUUUGCUUUUUGCUGUUACUACCAGCAUUUUGUUUUCACCUUGCCCCAAAUUGACUUGUGAACAUGUUGCUGUUGCUGAUGUUCCCUGGGAAGAGCUCCCAUGGGUUGGAGGACAUCCACACAAACUCGAUCUCUCUGUGCACUAGCUUUCUGCACAUCCCUGCCUCAUUUAACCCCCUUCAGUGUAUGUGGGGAGAGUCCUUAACACACCAUGAAAAGACUUUUCCCCAAGCUUGUAAAACUGACGUCAGCAGGUUAGAGCUGAGCCGAAGGUGUGUGAGCAGUCCUGGAGGUAGAACACGUGUAGCCCGCUCCCGUGUUACCAGCGGCUGGAAAGCCGCCGCCCUCUCCGUGGGGAAAAGUCCCUGGUCCCAGCUACCUCAUUUUGUUUUUCUCUUUGCACUUUGUCAAAUCUUUCUGGUUUUGUUUUCAAUUGCAUUUUGUCCUUCAAUAAAAAAAACCUAAAAGCAGACAAGAAGCAGGGCAGGAUGAUGCUGUUGUCCAAGGACAGUUUACUUUGGUUUUCAAUGCUUGUUUCUGUACCAAAAGCACAAGGUUGACCUGCAGCUGCUGUAAAAAAGUAAAUAGAAAUUUACAUUACUUGAAAGUAACUGUUCUACUUGUAAAUGAGAGAAGCAAUUGAAAGACUGUCCUGACAUUUUUUUUUUUUUUAGAUAGGAAAAAAGAUGUUUAAAAACUUGAAGUCUCUGCUCUUUGAAGGACAGGUCAGAGUUUUCUCUCUGCCUCUUCUCUGCACUGUUUUGCCUGUGAACUUGAUCCGUUGUCUCAUUAGAGAGAUUCACUGAUUUAUUUUCUUCUGUAAUGUGGAUUUGUGUUUCUCAUGGAGUUCCCCAUUUACUCACCCACAGAGGGAAAACUGUCCAAAUAAAUACUCACCUUCCGUACCCGAGACACUGUAUUUGCCAGUUUCUUUGGGAUCUUCAAGUGUGCAGGGUUUUGCUUAGCUUGAAGAUUUUUUUUAGCAAGUGUUUUCUUAUGCUUCUAAAGGUGCUAUUUUGACAUAUUUUUGAAUUCCUUACACUGUGCUUGACUCGUUAAAGUACCAAUGUAAGCUGAUAAUCAGCUUGUGCUUGUUCUCUGGGAUUUUUUUUCAGUCCUUUUUUAAAAACCCAUCCCUUUUCAUAAAGACAGCUUCCCAACUGUCAAAGGCCUUAAUAAUACAAAAUGGAAUGGGAACAUGCUGCCUUUUUUCUUUCUUCAUAAAGGCAAAACCAAGAAAUGCUUCACAGGAAACGUUUUCCUCCCAAAAUUUGAAGCAGCGGCUCAUAUUAACUUUGAAUUAAAUGUAGCAAACAUUUUGCUGCCCUGCACAAAUUGUAGGGAUAAACCAAGGAGCUGUUCCUGUCUCUGCAGCUCUGCCCAUCAUUGCAGAGCCUUCUGUUGGCAUCACGGUGGCCAUUCCUUCAGUAUUCAUCUCCGUGGGCUCGGCCCAGGACCUGUCUGCGUGUUGCGUCUGGGACACGCUGACCUUUGUGCUGAGCAUCUGGAUGUGGGGCCAGGGCUGGGUUUUGCCUCAGACCUCAUCUGUUCAGGCCUUGUUUGGGAGGCAGGCAUGUGGCUGGCAGGGGUGGCAUCAGCUGUAUAGAUCUGAGGAGUCUGCUCUGGGAGAUGCAAGCCAUGGAGUACAGAGCUGAAUUUCAGUCCUGUGUGGGAACUUUGCUGUUGUCCUUUGUGCUGUCUUUAUUUUUGUUUAAUCUUUAUCAUCAGUUCAGUUUGGGGUUUGGUAACUUAAGGUUGCUGCGUGUUUUGUAUUCUGUGGAGGAUGUAUGCAGUGUCCUGCCGUGCCUGGAGCAGCAGGAAUGACCAGGGGGGUGAUGCUUCAACUUGUCCCAUCUCCAAACACCAGUUUUCUGCCUUUUCAUAGACAGUUUCUGCCUUUUGUAGGCUGCACCACAGCCCCAGUGAUGUUGCAGUUCUCAGUCAUGUCCAUCUGAGAGCCCUUUAGCCUUUUGAAGAGAGUCUGGAGGCUGCUGUGUCACUCUCCCACUUCACACGUUGGGUGCUGUGCUCUGGAGCACCCCAACCGGGCCAGGCUGCCGGGAGCCAUGGGCUGGUGGCCUUCCUGAGGCAGAGCCGCAUCAUCUGCAGCUCUGUGAAAAGCAGACGGUAAAUGAAGGACCACAGAGAGCUCAGCUGAGCUUGUAAAUCCCUGAGCUUCUUAUUUUAGGGAAGGCUGAAGAGCAGCACAGUUCAUUGCUGGGCCUGUGCUCAGCCUGAGCCUGGCAGCACGGGGUAAGGAUCAGCUCACCCUGCCCCUUACGUAAGGGUACGAUAGAACAGCUUCUGGGCUGAAUGUUGGAGCUCUGAGAUCAAAUAUGUUGCAUUUGUUUUAUUUAAAUCUGAAAAUACCAGAGCUUCUGGAGCUAUUUCUGCAGGGUGGAACAGCAAGCAUUGGUGUAAAUGCCUGGGGAGCUCCUGGUCACCUGGUUUUCCCAUCUGCCUUUGGGUUACUGGGCUUGGGUUGUGUGGUUUUUUUAGAGCACAGAAAUAUGUAGCUGCUCCCCAGUUUGUGUGCUUCCUCUUUGACAGUCUGAGCCUGGCAUGCUGACAUUGUUCUAAUUUUGCCUUUAAAAGGGAAAUGCAGCAUAUUUUUCAGGUUAGUUGCUCUACCUUCAGAGUUUCCCCUCUGUAACCCAUGUUUAUUGAGUACCAUGAAUCUUGUAGGACUGGGCUACAGAGCUGAGAUACCAAUUCUGUGAAUGAUGACUAGUGGGCUUAGCCUGACUUUGUACUGUACAAAUAUUCUGUUAUCCUGUAAGAGAAUGAAAUAACUACAUUGAUUAAUCGAGUUCUGAUGUCUGUAUUCCAUGAGCCACGCAACAGGAGGGUGUAAUGCCACAUUGCUACUGCUCUCCUAAAGCUUCAGCAGGCUGUCAAAUGGAAGAUCUUGGUAGUUACCAGGAUAUUGUCAGAAUAUAUUGUCGCUUUUUUGACAAAAACCACAUCAGUGUGGCAGAAACGCCCCCUGGUCCUUGUUUACCGUCACUGGCAUGCAGCUUGACAGCCAGCUUCAGUCCCAGCACCCAGCUGUCAUGCUCUGAGGUCUGUAUUAGAUGUGUUUGCUGUUACAGGUGUUUUAUGUGUGUGUGUUUUCUGUGGGAAUGGAAUUCUUUCUUGUCUUUGUUUCUGUGCCCACCCCAAAAUGUUUCUGUGCUGCUGUAGGAAGGAAUCCGUGAGUGGCUUGGGACCAGGCUUUGGAAUGCUCCAGCCUGAGCAGGAGUUACUUCUGUCAAAAACAGGGGGAAAUAAGACGUAAAUGCUCUUUGGCCUCAAUCAAACUAUGCAAUAUAGUGCACCAGAGAGCUGAAUUCCUUGUGAUACAGGAGACCCAUGGCUCUCGUGUCCUUCCAAAUCCAGUCCUUGGUCCAAGGUCAGGAGAACUUGUACUCGAUGGCUGCCCAAGAAUCUUGCAUCCAAAUCCCUUCUUGUUCUUUGGUUUCCCUCCUUCCCCCUUGCCUGAGCCAUCAGUGUGUUGACUGUUUAGGCUCUGUCAGAGCAGGUCCCCUUCCUCAGUCUGGUCGUGUUGUUGAUGGCAGCAUGUCCUGUGAACCCGCCAGCGUGGCGUAUGUGCCGCAGAGGGUUAGGGGCCACCUCGCGACGCCUGUGUGUCUCUGCUCCAGAGCAGGUUGGAUGUCUUGGGUUAGCUGUGGCCCUCCAGGGAGAUGUAGGUCUUGCUUUAUUGUCCCUGUGUUGUUCAGUUGUGGGUCUGGUGCUGACAGUGAAGAACACCCGUGUGACAUCUCAGCUCUAGUCUAAGUUCUUGUUUCCCCUGCCUCUGUGUGUGUACAUCAGGUUGAUUUUGCUGCUCCCGUGGCAAUUCAGGGCUAAAUGCCUGUGUGGUCAGCACUGCUGGUGAAGGGUCUUUAUCCUCACAUUGCUUCAUUUUCCCCAGUGAAGUUUGUUCCUUGUGUUCCUCCUCUUUCCCCUAUUAAAUCCUCAUAAAACCUGUCCACUGUUUUCCCCUGGUUCCACAUCCCCUGAGUAGCUCCUCUCUACCAGUUGAUCGUAUCUUCUCACCUUUACUGCUUGCUGAGUAGCUUGUCUACAGUCAUUUAACCCACCUUGCACCUCAUCCUACUCUCCCUUCCAACUUUGCUGACUAUUUUUUCUUUAGUUCAGGUUAACCCCAAUUUAUUUCUCCCAUUUCAAAAAGGGAUUUCAGUGCAGAACAUGGGAGCCAAACAGAACAUCCCUCUGUUGGUGUCUGUGUCCAUUCACACCCCUCCCAGCACAUACAGUGGAAGGGGUUCAGCCUGCUCCAUUCCUAACCCCGUGUUUUGCCCAGUGCUGGGCAGAACAAAGCCUGGAGGUGUUUUCUCAUUGAUUUUUGGUAAUUUGAAACUAUUUGGAGACUUAGUUGUUGCAGAGGAGCAGCUGGGUGGGAGAGGGUUGGAAAUGCUUCCACGGUCAGUAUUUUUAAUUGAGGAACAAAUAAUUUAUUUGGGGAGAGGGAAAGUAAAUUUUUUUGUAUUUGUAUGUCAAAGUGGCCUUUAUAGGAAAAGCACAUAAAAUAUUUAGAUUAAAACUGCUUAGUUGUGUAACUUUAGUGGGGAUUUUUGUAUUGACAGGGUUUCUAUGCAUUUUUCAAGAUCUACCUGCAGUUUUGUGUUAGGAUUGUUGGAGAUCUUUUUAAAGGCGUUUUCCAUGGUUGAUCCCUUGACUACCAUUCCUUUUGAAUACUACAAAGAUUUUAAUUAGCCCUGUAAAUUAAUUUUCCCCCCACAAAUGUUUGCAUUAAGUCAGUACAAUGAGUUCUAGCACGGGUAUGUAGCUUUAAGGGAAGAAGCCUAUAGUAGCGUGGUGUGGUUAGGGAAGGAUCUUUGAGGAGAAGGGCAGUACACAGUGUUUCAAUUGCACUUAAAAGACUAAGUUAGCAAGUUUCAGUUUUUGCUGUACCUGUUGUUUACACUCUACUGUUAUUUAAAUGGACCCUGUUUGUGUGGUGUGCAGUUCUCCUCCCUUGUGUCGGGAUAAAAACAGACCUGGAAAGUUUUGGGCAGCGUGUGGUAUCUGAAUGGCUGCACCACGAGUGUGGGGGAGGGAGGAGAGGAGGGUUCUAACCUCCAUUCCUGUCUCUUUCUGUUUCAUGUUAGCUGAGACUAAAGUGACUGAACUUAUAAUGGAAUUGUAAAUCAAAUUAGUGGUUUGGGGGUGGGGGGAAACUAAGAAGGGGUUUGCAGAACUGCAGGCAAAAAUACCCUUUAGUUGCACCGUGGUGCAAUUGCCUUGACUGCCUAUGCAAAGUGUAACCCACGUUUGAUGCAUCAGCCCUUGUGGUCCCUGCCUGGGUUUGACUUUCUCUUGCCCAGGUGUUCCUGCCAGACUUGCUGAGUAGAACCUGCCCAGCAACGUUUGUCAGCUGAUGCUUCGGUCUUGUCAUUUGUUGUCUGCAUUUUAGGUUUUGUUGUUUCUGUUGGGUGAGACCCCUCCCCGUGGUUCAUGGGUGAGUGGAGGUGCAGGCUGUUAGGUGCAGUAGCAGAUGGCCACUGCCUGCUGCUCUGUGUUCUCAUCGUUGAAGAAGAAUGUGCAAUUUUGAUGGCACUUUGACCUAUUGCUGCAACACUGGGGUUUUGCAAUGGAACAAACUCUCAACAAUUGAGAACACUCUGUGUCUACGUUAGAUGUCUUGAAAGUGAAGAAAAAGGCAGUUGCUCCAGUUGUACCCACAGAUCAUUUGGGGUUUAUUUGGUUUUAAAAAGUAGCUUAAUGAUCUGUUGUGAGAAAAGGACACAUUUCUUGGUUGAUUUUAGUUGCUACAAGUUGCCCAGUGCUGAGUCUGGCCCACCUCCAUCCGUUUAUUCUCAUGGAGUAGUUGCACAUAAAAAUCAUAAGAGGGAAGCAGGAAAGCUGUUUGGUUACUUCCCAGUAACCUCCCUUGCAGAGCUGCUCGGUGGCUCACACACGAUAGGGAAAGGGACACGAGAAUUUUCCUGGGUUGAGGAGUUAGCACUCGCUUCGUUUCCGUGUUCAGUAUCACAUUGGGUGACUAAAGGGAGGUUCCCGUUAUAUAAAGUGUUGGAGUUGUGCUUUGGGGACUUAGUUGCCACUGUGCAAAUUGUGCUGUAAUCUCGUACCAAGGAUGGGUGAAAAGUGUUUUAUCUUUUUUAAUGUCGUUUGUAUUUGACCGGGUUUUAUAACUGUCAGAAAACAGAGUGUUGUAUUUUGAUCUGAAACUUGCGUAUGGUAACAGUAACUUUGCUUUAUGUAUUGGAGGUUUGUCCAGAACUUGAAUCAUUUUAUAGAAGGGUACAGACCAAAAUUAAUUGUCUUAAAGGUGUUUAAUGAACUAACCAAA